AAAAUUAAUAGAUAAAAUAAUUGUAUUGAACAAAAUUUUAAGUUAAUAAUAAAAAGAAUUUAAUUUCAUAUUUAUAUAUUAAAAUUUUAAGUUAGAAAAAAAAAUAAUAAUAAAAAUGGCUAGUGAACCAGAACCAGUUUCGGCACUAUCCGAAAGAGAAGAAGCUGGAACGGAAUUUUCCACAAACGAAGAAUAUGCAGAAGAAAUUGAUAUUGAACAGCAUGAAACUGAUGAUUAUGGCGAAGAUUAUACACCGCUAAGUUCCAAUGAAGACCCCGAAAAUCAACGACAAUAUAAAGAAUAUAGACGUCUUGAAAGAGAUAUAAAAUAUCAAAAUGAAAUGUUGGAAAAUCUUAAAUUACAAAUACAAAAAAUGUCCGAUAAGCCUUGUCUAACACGCAGUGAACGUAAUGAUUUGAAAACCCUUAAAGAUAACUGGGAACAGGAACUACAAAAGCUACGUUGUCUUAUUGAAAAAGCUAUACAUUUACAGAAUUAUGGCUCGAAAAGACACUAUCGUGAAUUUCCACUUAUAACCACAUUCGAUGAAGAUAAUUUAAAUCUUACAAUGCGCACCUGUGAAACCUUACAAACACAAACAAAAACACAAAAUAGAAGAGCAUCUGGUGGAGAGUCUAGUGAAAUGGAUAGAUCCUGUUCAUAUCGUGAAAGUCAAAUGAGUGUAGCGGAAGAGAGAAAGCUAAUGAAAGAGAUUUGUGCCGCUCUUAAAGAAUGUAAUAAUCUUAAGGAAUGUCGUUUGCAUAAGAAGCAGCAAUCGCCAGCUGGCAAAGAAAAGGAUGAUUCAAUGGAUAGAAUUAACAAUAAAAUAAAUUGUAUGCAACAAACUAUAAGUAAGCUAAAGGAAGAAUUAAAGAAACGUAAUGCGCAGGCAAGUUGUUGUGGUUCUUGCAAUAAAAAUGAAACAAAUAAAAAAUCUACCGCUAUGACUCCAAGUUCAGGCCUAGAUACUCUAAUGUGUCUUGGCAAAAAAAGUGAAAAAACCGAAAAUUUUGAACAAUUAAAGGAAAACUAUUUGUAUCUGUUGACAGAAUUUAGCAAAAAGGAUGAACAACUUAAGGAUUUAACAAAAAAACUAAAAUCGUCCUGUGCCAACUGCAGUAGCAACAACGCUGACUCUAACAUCCAAGGCAAUGCCGAUGAAUCCGAAUUAAUACUUUUACGCAAUCGUAUCAAUGAAAUGAACGAAGAACAAGUCGAAUUCAAAUGUCUAAUGAGAGAACAAUCUGUGCAAUUGGAUGAUUAUCGCAAUAAAUAUCUAACGGCUCAACAAAAAGUCGAAGAACAAGCGGCUCUUCUCGAAAAGCUUAAUAUGAAUAAUAAACGCAUUGAAAAACAAAUAAAUCUAGAAGUUAAAGAGAUACGCGCCAAAUUUCAAGAAAAACUUGCUGAACUAUUGCAUUUUCCUAGACUUUUGGAAAACGAACAGAUUAAGUUGGCUCAAACGUGCAAGGAGAAGGAAGAGCUUGAAACUAAGCUGGUAAUAGUGUGUAAAGAACUUAAAAAGCUUAAAACCAAAACGCAAGAUAACAAUAGUGAAGAUUGUAAACCUCAAUUGCAAAGGUGUCAACAGGAAUUGGGUCAUGUCAAGAAAACUCUAGAAGAAAUACAAAAGCAAAGAGAUAUGUUCUGUGAACAGUUGAGAACUACCAUGGACGAUUUGAAUACAUUACGUUCGGAAUCAGCUAAAAUAAUAGCCAGAACAAAAGAGCGUGCCGAUGUUAUUAAGCAACAACAACAAGAUCAAAUUGAUCGUUUGGAAAAGCAAUUGGCACAGUGUCGUGCCACUGCUUGUUUGUCCGUAAGCGAUCGUGAAUCGGUUAUACGAGAAAUGCAAGGACAAUUGAAUACUUUGUCCUACAGUUUUGAUGCUGCACAAAAACAAAUUAAAACUCUUAGAAAUCAUAUAGCCUUUAUGUCUAAUGAAAAUAGUUUUCCCGCCAAAUGUUAAAGUAACUGCAACAGAGCAAAUCAAAGAAAAAAUUGUGUUUGGUUUUUCCGUUUUAAAUUUUCUAUUAUUCAAAUUAAUGUUAAUUUAAAUUUGUUUUUAAAUAAAUAACAUAAUUGAAUAUUAAAUUAUAAU